GUGCACACUUGGACUCCUAACAUUACGUGGCUAAAUCCACCUCGAUAAUAACUUCGAUUCGGCUUUUAAGCGCAAUUUGUUGGCGUAUCGAAAGUCUCCUCGUCUCCGUUGUGUUGGUUUGGGGUCUGUACGAGCACAUGUACGCACGGCUGGCCACCAAGAAAAUAAAUGAUCUGUGCCACACCAGACCGCCACGGAAAAUGGCGACUGUGAAGUAGAUGGACGACGAAAGUCAGAAAUGAUCAAAUACCCCGUUUUUCCUCGCGUCCUAUCUCCAACUGCACCAUUUAGAGGUCAUGGCAGCUGAAAUGUAAUGUCUGACUGGUCUUGAUGGAGAUGACAAAGAUGCAGAUCCGGACAUUAACACCCUCAUCCUUCUGCAAGAAUCAGUGAAAAUGGCGGAAGAAUCAACCUCUGGCGAUGACUCUUUUCACAGACUGACUCUGAAGCAAUCCAGUGUCCUAGAUGUUCUAUCAAACGCAGACAUUUUUUCUCCUGUUGGCUUAGGCAAUGGACUUUCUUUACACGAGGCCACACAGGCUGAUGAACUCAACAGUAUGCUCAUAGAGAAAGAUGAGGGGAAAAGCAUAACCCAGUUGAAAACAGUGCAGGAAAUAGAUACUGCAGAAAUUUGGGGUUUUGAUGUGGACUCUCCAGAAAACUCAUCAGAUGAUUUCAGCAGCCCCAGUGAUGUCCAAUGGAAUCCUCAUCAAGAAUUUAUGCAUUUUCUCUUGGAGAAACACAAUGAUUCCUCAAGUGACGAACCUAAAGAGGUGUUACAUCCUCUAAACAGCCAGGGAAGAAGAAAACGGAAAAUGGACAUGGUUGCCAUGGCCGACCCCUCAGAGGACAUGCACCCUGAUUUGAAUCACAAGUCAUCUGAGGAUUAUUCUCAUACAGAAGACCAAGUGGGCUCCAUUCCUUUUAAAGAUGUCAAAAAGUCAAGGACUUUUUCCAAGCUGCAGGCAUCCAAGACAGCAAUUGUUCCGAGUUAUCCCAACGGAACCAUGAAAGCCAUCAAGCAAGUCCUUCGCGAUGUACCGGAAAGACAGUCGCAUGAAGACAACCCAAGCCGUGGCCUUUCAUUGUUGAAGAACAGGCUCACACCAAAUUCUCAUUCAGAGGAGAAAGCGUCCUUUUACCCAUGCCCAAAAUGUAAGCUUGUUUUCAAGAAGUCCCAUUUGCAGCGUCAUAUGAAAACUCACGAAAAGCCACCAAAUCAUUCGCCAAAGACUUUUGCCUGCAGUGAAUGUGGAGAUUCUUUCAGACAAAGUAGUCUUCUUAUCGAGCACAUGACCGUACACCAUGAAAAAAGAUCACGGCUACCCGGCAAACUCAAAGGAUGCACGGACAAGAACAACGAGGAGAAAAACACGAAACUUUUCUGCCCGCAGUGUCCAUUCGUUACAAACUGCCCCAACACGUUUGUUCAACAUGCAAAAACCCACGAUAGGAGAAAGUUUAAAUGCGACAAAUGUAGCUACAGGACUGACAACAGCUACGAUCUUCGCAGACACAGUCUCAUACAGCAUACAGCAAAACCAGUUUACAGCAAGCAAAUCUGGGGCAAUAACUCUCAAACCCUCUCCUGUAACAUUUGUUCAUAUAAAACUUUUAGCAAAACGGUUUUUAAAAAUCACUUGAUGCGUCGCCACCAGCAAGAGUAUGAGGAGUAUGAAUUUGCGCGGUAUGCAGAGAACAAUGCACAACCAUUCGGCAAGAAGCACAUUCCUUUUUGCACACCGGUACAAGAUGCAGAGCUAACGUCAAAAAUUAUGAUUAAAAAUCAAGUCUCCUCAAAAAGGCCUGCCGAGUCAAACGACAUAUCUGAUUUAUUUAAAGGUAACAAGAUCAGGAGCGGUUUCAAGUCUGAACUAACUGAAUCCAAACUGGACAAAUCCAUUAAUGUUUUGCUGUCCCGGCAAAAUCAUGUGAAGAAGACUAAAUCUGUAACUGCUUCCAACUAUGAAAAUGAAGGUUCUGAUCAGGUAGCGCCCCCUACCGUUAAGGAAGAUACGACAUUAUCUUCAAAUGGCCUCACAGGAUCGUCCCAUUACGCUGAUAGAGUUCCCAAUUGCAACCCAGCUCAAUCGCCGAUCAAGAAGUCGCCAUCUAAAAGAAAGAUGUCAACCCCAUAUCGCAACACGUCGGACCAAGACUCACGUUUCAUCUCGCCAAAACCCUCGCCAAGCCCAAAGAGACUAAACCAAGGAGACGCAGACGAAUAUGACAGGAAAGACACUUUCCGUCUUAAAGAUUCGGAUGGCGAUGGUGUCAAUCCAGAGAAUCACAAUUUAAUUUAUACCUACAGCAGGAGUAUGUCGAUACAUGACGCUCUGCAGGCCUCUAAACGUAUUUUUGAGGAAACGAAGAAUGACGAGCAGAAGUACAGUGAACCUACCAUAAAAGAAGAGUGCAUCGAAACAGAAGUGUACGACUCUCAUCCGAUGGCUUUCCAAGAAUCCCAAGCAGAAGACAAGGCCGAGUUGGAACCGUACCAAAAGAGCUGUCCCUACUGUUCUGCAGUCUUCAAGUCGGGAGUGGGGUUGUCCAAUCACGUGAGAGGACAUCUUCACAGGGUUGGACUGACCUAUAGAGCGCGCCAUGUUCUGACUCCUGAGCAGGUGGCUUGUAAAGACCGCAAGCCCAAAAUUCCACAGAAGAGCACAACGUUCCGGAAACUGAAAACAGUGUUGCAAUUGCCGCCGGAUUCUGAGGACCCAGGUCUUCAUUCCUGCCCGUUAUGUGGGGGCUUUUUUAGCAAUAGGAAAGGACAGUCCAACCACGUACGUGGCCACCUCAAGAAGAUUGGUCGGGGCUACUUAUCAAAGAACCGAUCCCCAUUAAUCGCGUUCAAGGAGUUGAUGCGUAACAAAAAGGAGUACCUGAGGGCAGUCGAGAUUCUCGGAAAGAAACAAAACCAUUUCCAUCAGGGUGCCGGUCGCUUCACGCCAGCUUCCUUCGAAAACCUUCAGAAUAAGUUGGACUCAAGCGUGUGCGAGGAUGUCAAACCCAAACACCUGCCUGUGUUUUCAUUCCUGGAAACGGACGAUGACAAGAGGCGAAUACAGACCAAGUUAGAUGACGGACAUUCUCUUUCCGACACCACCGCAUUGAUAGGAAUUCUGAAGAAGAGAAAGUGCCAGGAAGACUCCAAACCCAAGGGAGUUCUACAUGUAUCCAGGUCUCCUGUGGCGGUCUCCUCAAACAGGGAACACAGUCCUGGACCAAAAGGGGCCGCUUCACUGCCAGUCCCCGUGUCGGAGAAAGGCGAGUUCAACAGGAAAGCGUGUGUCCACUGCAACGCCAGCUUCCACAGCGGCGUGAGUCUGUCCAAUCACGUGCGAGCGUGUGUGAAGCGGAAAAGAACCGCCUCGCUCGAAGGAAACACGUUUGACUGCAAAGCGAGGAGGCAGCGUUUACGGCAGAGCUCCAAGAAGAAGUCGCCGCCGUUGACCCAAACACCCGAGGAUAUGUACAGACUCACGUGCAGGUUCUGUGACCUGGUCUUCCAGGGUCCUUUGUCGGUCCAGGAGGACUGGGUGAAGCACCUCCAGAGACACAUCAUGAACACUGGGGUCCCACACACUGGGCUGGGCAUGGUGGAGGCCACAUCGCCCUCCGCAGACUUGGCGGGCGUCAAGAGCGACCAGGAGGACACUCCCAUCGCCGCCUCCUGAACACAACCUCAACUGUUGCUUUACGUACACGGGAUGCUUUUUCACUUUUUUUAAGGACAAACUGGCCAAAAGUACAAUCUGCAUUGUUCAGAUUGCCCAGACUUUUUUGACAAUGAUUUUGGAUAUUUCCCCCCCUGCCCCCGUGGAAGAAGAGUUCCACCGCAGUAAGGAAGACAACCUUUACCUCAGACUCGGAAUCCAAUCGACCUUUUCUUCUACAAACCCCGUUUCCAUAUGAGUUGGGAGAUUGUGUUGGAUGUAAAUAUAAACGGAAUACAAUGAUUUGCAAAUCCUUUUCAACCCAUAUUCAGUUGAAUGCACUACAAAGACAACAUAUUUAAAGUUCAAACUCAUAAACUAAUAAUUAGAAUUUCAUGGCUGCAACACGUGCCAAAGUAGUUGGGAAAGGGCAUGUUCACCACUGUGUUACAUCACCUUUUCUUUUAACAACACUCAAUAAACGUUUGGGAACUGAGGAAACUAAUUGUUGAAGCUUUGAAAGUGGAAUUCUUUCCCAUUCUUGUUUUAUGUAGAGCUUCAGUCGUUCAACAGCUGUCAUAUUUUACGCUUCAUAAUGCACCACAUAUUUUUGAUGGGAGACAGGUCUGGACUGCAAGCGGGCCAGGAAAGUACAUGCAAUAUUUUUUACGAAGCCACGCUGUUGUAACACGUGCUGAAUGUGGCUUGGCAUUGUCUUGCUGAAAUAUGGGGCGUCCAGGCUUAGAUGUCAGCAUAUGUUGUUCCAAAACCUGUAUGUAACUUUCAGCAUUAAUGGUGCCUUCACAGAUGUGUAAGUUACCCAUGCCUUGUGCACUAAUGUACCCCCAUACCAUCACAGAUGCUGGCUUUUGAACUUUGCGUGAAUAACAGUCUGGCUGGUUCGCUUCCCCUUUGGUCUGGAUGACACAAUGUCGAAUAUUUCCAAAAACAAUUUGAAAUGUGGACUCGUCAGACCACAGAACACUUUUCCACUUUGCGUCAGUCCAUUUGAGAUGAUAUCGGGCCCAGAGAAGCCGGCGGCGUUUCUGGGUGUUGUUGAUAAAUGGCUUUCGCUUUGCAUAGUAGAGCUUUGACGUGCACUUACAGAUGUAGCGACGAACUGUGUUUAGUGACAGUGGUUUUCUGAAGUGUUCCUGAGCCCAUGUGAUGUUGGUUUUUUAUACAGUGCCAUCUGAGGGAUCGAAGGUCAUGGUCAUUCAAUGUUGAUUUCCGGCCAUGCCGCUUACUUGGAGUGAUUUCCAGAUUCUCUGAACCUUUUGAUGAUAUUAUGGGCCAUAGAUGUUGAAAUCCCUGAAUUUCUUGCAAUUGCACUUUGAGAAACGUUGUUCUUAAACUGUUUGACUAUUUGCUCACGCAGUUGUGGACAAAGGGGUGUACCUCGCCCCAUCCUUUCUUGUGAAAGACUGAGCAUUUUUUGGGAAGCUGUUUUUAUACCCAAUCAUGGCACCCACCGGUUCCCAAUUAGCCUGCACACCUGUGGGAUGUUCCAAAUAAGUGUUUGAUGAGCAUUCCUCAACUUUAUCAGUAUUUAUUGCCACCUUUCCCAACUUCUUUGUCACGUGUUGCCUGCAUCAAAUUCUAAAGUUAACUAUUAUUUGCAACACAAAAAAAAAAAAAGUUUAUGAGUUUGAACAUCAAAUAUGUUGUCUUUGUAGCAUAUUCAACUGAAUAUGGGUUGAAAAUGAUUUACAAAUCAUUGUAUACCGUUUAUAUUUAAAUCUAACACAAUUUCCCAACUCAUAUGGAAACGGGGUUUGUAAAUUAGGAGCACUUGUAUGAAAACCUGCUUUCUUCUACCCCAUCUUCAUGCACACUUAGUAUCCAACCUGACAAAAAUAAAAACUUAUACUAAAUAUUUAA